AUCCUGCCCCGGAGCGCAGCGCGCACACUUCACCGGAGCGGAAGGAGCGUUAGGCGAAGCCGGAGCCCUCGCCGGCCACGUCGCCAUGAGCCAAGACGCCGGGGUGGAUAUGGCGGAGGUGGAUAUGAAGGAGGUGGAGCUCAACGAGCUGGAGCCCGAGAAGCAGCCCAUGAACGCGGCCGGCCCGCCGUCCGCCGCCUCGGGGGGCGAGAAGAACGGCGUGGUCAAGGUCAAGGUGGCCGACGACGAGGCUGAUGCGGCGGCCGCCGCGGCUGCCGCCAAGUUCACGGGCCUGUCCAAGGAGGAGCUGCUGAAGGUGGCCGGGAGCCCCGGCUGGGUGCGCACCCGCUGGGCCCUGCUCCUGCUCUUCUGGCUGGGCUGGCUGGGCAUGCUGGCCGGCGCCGUGGUCAUCAUCGUCCAGGCGCCGCGCUGCCGCGAGCUGCCCGUCCAGCGCUGGUGGCACCAGGGUGCCCUGUACCGCAUCGGAUCCCUGAAGGCCUUCCACGGCCAGCCCGAGAACGCCAACGGGACUCUGGCUGGAUUGAAGGCACAUCUUGAUUACCUGAGCACCCUGAAGGUGAAGGCGUUGGUGUUGGGGCCCAUCCACCAGAACCUUGAAGAUGACCUUGCUAAGACGAACCUGCUGCAGAUCGACCCCACCGUUGGCUCCCAGGAAGAGUUCACCCAACUCUUGGAAGCAGCCAAGAAAAAGAAUAUCCAGAUCAUUCUAGAUCUUACCCCCAACUACCGAAGUCAGAGCAGCUGGUUUCUGCCCAAUCAGAAUGAAGAUGUGAAUGGGAAGAUGAAGGAAGCCCUGAGCUUUUGGCUGAAGGCGGGUGUGAGUGGUAUCCAGGUCCACGAUGUCCAGAACCUUGCUGAUGCUUCUUCAUUCCUGCCUCAUUGGAAUAACCUCACUCAUAGCAUCAGUGAAGACAAGGUCCUGAUUGCAGGAACAGGAGCCUCAAACAUUUCUGAGAUCCUGAGCCUGCUGAAUGAGACUGACCUGCUGAGCAGCUCGUAUCUGGAGGACUUUGGGGGAAGGAGCUCCUCAGGGAAAGAGCUGAAAGAAUUGGUCAGUGACUACCUGAGCGCCGCCGGUGGCCGCUGGUGCAGCUGGACGUCCUCUCAGGUUGGCCACUUGGCCUCCUACGUGCCAGCACGUCUUCUUGGCCUGUAUCACCUGUUGAUUUUCACACUUCCCGGGACACCUAUCUUUAGUUAUGGGGAUGAAAUUGGCUUGCAGGCGGCCACCCUGCCUGGACAGCCUGCUGAAGCCCCCAUCAUGCUUUGGGAUGAAAAAACACUUGGGUCUUCUGAGCCUGUGAACCUCAACAUGACUGUUCAGGGCCAGAGCAGCGACCCCACCUCCCUCCUUGCUCUCUUCCGAAAACUGAGUGACAGCCGAGGGAAGGAGCGGUCCUUGCUGCACGGGGACUUGGUGGUCCUGCCCACCCAAGACGACCUCUUUGCCUACGUGCGCUACUGGGACCAGAACGAGCGGUUCAUCGUUGUCCUCAACCUGGGCUCCACGAGGCAGGAGGCUGAGCUGAGGAUGCCCGCUGUGCCCAGCGGCCGGAAGCUGGAGCUUCCCGAGAAGGCAGCCCUGGUGCUGAGCACCCAAGGGGGCCACCAGGAAGGCAGCGUGCUGCCCUUGCACAAGCUGCCCGUGGCCCCAGGAGAAGGGCUGCUGCUCAAGUUCUCCUACGUGGCCUAGGCUGCCCGCUGGGUCCCCUCUUCUCGUCGGGUCUUUGUUGUGUUUGUGUGCGUGUUGGCAGGGCUCGGGGUGGGGGUGUUUGGGGUUUUUUUUACUGUUGAAGAUGUCACGGGACGAAGUUUUGAGCCUGGAGCUGUGUAUUAAAACGAUAGUG